AUGCGUAUCGUUGUGUUUGUUGGGUCACCAAUUAAUACAGACGAAAAAGAACUGGUCAAACUGGCAAAGAGAUUGAAAAAGGAGAAAGUUAAUUGCGAUGUUAUUUCUUUCGGUGAAGAUAAUGAAAAUAACCCUUUGUUAACAUCUUUUGUUAAUACACUCAAUGGUAAAGAUAAUGCAUCUGGAGGCAGCCAUUUAGUGUCUGUUCCAGCUGGCGGAUGUGUCGUUUUAUCCGAAGCUUUGAUCUCAAGUCCUUUAAUUGGUGGUGACGGUGCUGGACCUUCAGGCUCGGGUCUUUCUCCAUUCGAGUUUGGUGUAGACCCUAAUGAAGACCCAGAGUUGGCACUGGCUUUGCGUGUAUCCAUGGAAGAGCAAAGACAACGCCAAGAAGAGGAAUCACGGCGGCAGCAAGGCAAUACCGAUGCUGAGAUGAAAGAAAGCAAGACAGGUGACUCCCAAAAUACUGGUAUGGAGAGAGCUCUUGCUAUGUCCCUAGGCCGUGAGGCUAUGGAACUUUCAGAGGAGGAACAGAUUGCUUUGGCUAUGGAAAUGAGCAUGCAACAGGAGGCACCACAAACUGAAGAAAGCAUGGAUGUGUCAGAGGAAUAUGCCGAAGUCAUGAAUGACCCAGCCUUCCUUCAAAGUGUUCUUGAAAACCUCCCUGGGGUUGAUCCUCAGAGUGAAGCCAUCCGCAAUGCCAUGUCCACAAUCAAAAAGGAAAAAGAGGAUAAAGAUGACAAGGAGCAGAAAGAUAAGGAUGGGAAAGGUUCAAGUUCAAAGGAG